AAAAGUCCUUGUAGCCAGUGUUUAGAUCUUAUGAACUCCAUAAACAGCUGGAGUGAUCUUUUCUUAUAUUUCUUGGGAAGCAUUCGGAGUGAGGAAUAAAUACAAGCAAAAGUUCUGUUGUGGUGAAGAAUGCAGAGAGGAGGUUUACCAAAACAUAAACUACCAUAACCACGGGUGAGAAAAGAAGAUUUCCAUUAGCAAAAAGAAAGAAAGGGAAGUGACAAUGGGCCGAAAGAAGAUACAGAUUACCCGCAUAAUGGAUGAGAGAAACAGACAGGUGACGUUCACGAAGAGGAAGUUUGGUCUGAUGAAGAAGGCGUAUGAGCUCAGUGUUCUCUGCGACUGUGAAAUAGCCCUGAUUAUCUUCAACAGCUCCAACAAGCUCUUCCAGUACGCCAGCACGGAUAUGGACAAAGUCUUGCUGAAAUACACAGAAUAUAAUGAACCACACGAGAGCAGAACCAACUCUGACAUUGUGGAAGUGCUGAGCAAGAAGGAACACAGAGGUUGUGACAGCCCAGAUCCAGAAUCUUCAUAUGUCCUCACGCCUCACUCGGAGGAGAAAUAUCAGAAGAUUAAUGAAGAGUUUGACAAUAUGAUGAGAAAUCAUAAAAUUCCGGCUGCUUUGGGUCACCAGAGUCACUCCAUGCCUUUGACUUUGGCCGUCCCCAACCCCGCCACUUCCUACAGUACAGACAGCUCCCUGGACACCCCAGUGUCCCUCAGCGGGGCGAACAUACUGUCUCUGUCCUCCAACGGCUUCCAGAGCACCAACAGCACUGCUGUCAUGGGUCAGGAUCUACAUCAUUACCAUACAUUUUUUAAUGCUAUUACCAUCCUAAUUCCAGUGAGGAACUAUGCUUUAAGGAAUCGGUCUCAUGGUAUACCAGGUUCCUCAGACGUCCCACUUCCAAAUGGUGUGCACUCCAGUCAUGUGGCGAAUGGCUUCGUCGGUGGCUCGGAAGGAAGUAGAAUGGGGAAAGUCGUUUCUGCAAAACCUCAAGCCUCGUCCACAGUGGGCCUCAAAUCUGAUCUGAGAGUGCUCAUUCCUCCUGCGUGCAAGACCAGCGCUUCUUCCCUGCUGCCAGAAGAAGGAGAGGAGCAUUUGAGAAUAGACAAUUCUCAGUCCAGCCAAUCACUGGCCACACCUGUGGUAUCCAUGGCAACCCCCAGUCUGCAUCCCCAGGGCUUUGUGUACUCUGCCAUGACCUCAUCAUUCAGUACAGAUUUUGCCUUGAGCAGUGCAGAGGCCAGUUCUUUACACGGCUUCAGUUCAUCAGACGAUGUCACAUCCGGUCCGGGGUCUUCGUGGAAACACAGCCAACAUAGUCAGCCAGGGUUCAGUGCUCAGAGAACCACACAACCUCAAGUUCAGGCCUCUGACUCUUCCACCGUCUCCAUCAGCAUCAAAUCAGAGCCCGUCUCCCCCCCCAGGCACCCGGUGUACCCCACCGUCCACACCAGGCCGCGGCCCAACUCCACACAGGAAGUGGGCCGUUCUCCUGCCGACAGCUUCAGCUCUUCUGGGAGCUCAUAUGAGGGCAGUGACCGUGAGGACCAGCGGCUGGACUCUCACACGGCCACCGCUACAUCAGCACAGGGCACUAGAUCAUCGCCCGAGAUGGAGAACUCAGUCAAACGCAUGCGCACAGACAGCUGGGAAACUUCACAGUGAAUGGCUCUUUAAACAAGGCAAAUUUCUGUCGACAGAUAUGCAGACUGCUGCUCUAUCACGUUUUGUGCAACAAACAAUGCGAAUACGCCUUUAAAGCAGCAGUGAAAGUUAUUGUAAAUGUGUGCAGGUGUUUGUAUUGUUUUAAAAUUUAAAUUUUCAUAUUGUUAAAGAUCUAAGUUAUGAAGUGUCUUACACUUAUUUUUUUGUCAAUAGAGGAUUAGCCUUGCUGCAUUAUUUGCAGUAUAUUAUUUUUACAAGUGUGUUUUUUUAAUCCUUUGUGUUUUUAUCUGAAUCCUCAAUCAAAAGCGUAUAAAUAUUGAUUGGGAGUUG